UCAGUGCAGCAAGUGCAGUCGUCGAUGUGUUGGUGUUUGAAAGUGUCGUUUUCGGUCGUCGUCAACCUCGCCCAGCGCUCCCUGGGGCACGUCUUCGACGUCUUCGCCAUGUGUCGGGGCACCGGCGACGUCGGCGACGCCGCCGUCGACGCCACGGAGACGUUUUACAAAGAGGUAGGACGCGAUGUGGCGGAACGUCUCCUCGCAAACAAACAAAACGGCACUUUUAUCAUUCGGCCGUCGAAGAAUCGAAAUCUGGGGACGCUGUCGGUCGUGCAGGAUCAUAAAAUUUUUCAUUUGAAUAUCAGGAGGAGGGAGGACGGGGGAGUGGCGUUGGGGGAGGAAAAGGACGACGAGAAAGCCUUCAAGGAUGUUAAUUCCAUGAUCAACUACUAUAUUAGUAAUUAUUUGGUGGUGUUUUCAAGGGGGGAGAAGACGAGGACUCUCUUGUUGCCCUACAGAGACUGA